CCACACUCGGGCGCGAUGGUGCUGGACACUGAGCGCUGACACUAUGGCUGCUGCAGUGGGCAGUGGCCUUCUUUGCUCACUUUUUCCUUUCGGUUUUCCCAGACCCGGAGCCUUCAGAGACAGCUUCCUGAAGGACUGAGCCCGGUCUCUGCGGCGCUGCAGAGAAACCCGACGCCUGUGUGGAAUCAGGAAGUUUGUGUGUUUUUUGUUUUGAGCAGGAUGCCGACACUCUACAAAGCUGCUCAGUCCAAGUCUGGUUUGAAGGAUGGAAGUGCCUCAGUGCCGCAGUGCCUGAGUCAGAAUGUCCUACUGGUGUGUUAAAGGGGCUCCUGAGCCCGGGCCCUCCACAGUGAAGAUGCAGCAGGACAGUCCAGGAGAGGACAUGUCCCCUCCUGUCUUAGACCCAGACCAUGGAUCCACACUGGACUCCUACAUCACUUUAGAGAAUAUCCGGGCCAUAUAUGAGUCUGGGGAGCAGGACGUGGCCCGGGAGCUGGUCCAGCAGGCCUGCUGUCAGGAGUGCAGCGUCGGACAGCCUCGCAUCGAUGGGGUGGAUCUGCUGUGUUUAGCAGUGGAACAUGAGGACCAUGAAAGUGCCCAGUAUCUGCUGAAGGAGGCCCAGGUCUCAGUCCCGAAGGAUCCCACAAAGGACCACCCUGCUCUGGUGGCAGCGCGCUGUGGACAUGUGGGGCUAGUCAGGCUGCUGCUCGAUGCUCUGCCUCAUAGUUAUGUUGCUAAGAAGGAGGUGUUGUUACGCUCCCUGUUGACCACAGCCUGUCAAAAGGGACACUUAAACCUGGUGAAGAUGCUUGUGGAACUGUACAAUGUAGAUGUCAAUGACUCUGAUAUCUACAGCCAGGAGUUCACUCAAAUCACAGAGCUGCCUCUGUAUGCUACUGCCAUGGCCGGUCACAUGGAGAUUGCAAGCUUCUUACUGCAGAAUGGAGCUGGCUUCUCAUCAUACGUCCUGAUUGACCACCCAAGCUUCUGCAAACAACUCCUCCGACAGAGGGUCUCGGGGAGCAACCACGUGGAGGGAGAUCAGAGUGUCCGUGUGAGCUGGAGUGGGUUGCAGCUUCCCUGGUUAGAACUGACCUGGUACAUGGACCUCUCAUCACAAAUCACUCACCUCGAGCUGUCAUCCAAUCAGCUUUCAGCGCUGCCUUCAGUAGUGCCCUGGGGCCUGGUGCACCUGCAGAGCCUUGACCUCCAGGAUAACCUCUUGAAUGAGUUGCCACUAGUGCUUAGUUCACAUGAGGUUCUUUGCACAAGUUUGCGAGAGGUGAAUCUCUCUCAGAACCAGCUGACUUCACUUCCUUGUGGACUGCUCCAUCUCACACACCUGCAGAGGCUGUGGGUUUCCAAGAACCAGCUGUCUGAGCUCUUCCAAGUGCAGAAUGAUGUGAACUGGAUCGGCCUAAGGCGACUGGAGGAACUUGACGUGUCAGAGAAUGACCUGAACAGUCUGCCUGUAAACAUCAUGCACUGCCUCAAGUUCCUGAGAACCCUCAAUGCAAGCAACAACAAGCUGAAGGAGCUGCCGGAGCCAUGGGGAUGUCCACUUAAGCAGUGCAGAGCCUCCAGUAACAUGCUUGAGAGUCUUCCUGAAGUGAUCUCAGUCCAGUGGAGAAAGAAUCUGCAGGAGAUGGACUUCUGCAACAAUAAACUCACAGAGCUUCCUGGCUAUCUAUUUGAACUGGAGGCCCUGGUGUCCCUGCGGCUGGGGGGGAACCAGCUGUCGUCUCUGCCUACCUCCAUCGAGUGGAAGUGCAUCCAGCUUCGGACACUUGACCUGUCCCACAAUCUGCUUGGAAAAAGUGACGAUGUGCCCAAAUCCAAAAGACUGGGAUUCCUCGUCACAUGGACCAAAAGAGAACCUGAGCCUGUGCCUACAGUGAACUUUCCCGCCAUGCUCCGGGACAGUUUAGAGGUGCUGUACUUAAAUGACAACCAGCUGGAAGCAGUCCCGCCAUCUGUCUGUGGUCUAAACAGCCUCACUGAGCUCUACCUCUCCAAUAACCCAGGAAUCAAGGAGCUGCCAGUGGAACUAGGGCAGCUGUCCAACCUGUGGCAGCUGGACCUUGAAAACCUCAACAUCACCAACGUCCCUCUAAACAUCCUCAGAGAAGGUACACUAUCAGUUCUGGCAUUCCUGCGAGCCCAUCUGCGUAAGGCCGAGCCCUGUCGCCUGUUGAAGAUGGUAGUGAUUGGACCCCCGCGGCAGGGCAAGACCACCCUGCUGGAGGUCCUGCAGAAUGGCCGGACUUCCCAGCAGAGCUCUGCACCCUGUGGCAUCGACACCUGGUCCUGGCACCUGGACAGACCCAGCGCAUGCAAGGGCAAUAAGGAGCAUGUGGAGUUUAAUGUGUGGGACAUUGGAGGGAAGACCAGCAUGUCCACGGUAAACCACUGCUUCUUCACCAACAAGGCCCUGUACCUGGUGGUGUGGAACCUGGCUCUGGGGGAGGAGGCUGUGGCCAAUCUGCAAACAUGGCUGCUGAGUAUAGAGGCUCGUGCUCCAAACUCAGCAGUGGUGGUGGUCGGGACACACCUGGACCUCAUCGAUGCGCGGUUCCGCACGGAGAGGUUGGCCACACUCAGGGCCUAUGUCCUGGCUCUGUGCAGGUCACCCUCUGGGGCUAGGGCCACGGGCUUCCCAGACAUCACUUGCAAAAACAUCCAUGAGGUCUCCUGUAAAACUCUGGAGGGAGUGGAUGAUCUAAGGAAGCUGUUGUUCCAUGUAGCUGUUUCCAUGAAGGACAGCAGCAGCCCAUGUGGGGGGUGUAAGCUGAUUGGACGACUGAUUCCACAGAGCUACCUAAAGCUGCAGGAGGCUGUGAUCCUGGAGAAGGUGAGGAGGAGGUCAGAGGGGCAGGUGCAGUACCUCACAGACAAUCAACUGGAGAACCUGGCCCAGCAGAGCCCAGACAGUGACCUACACAACUACGAGGACCUCCAGACUGCCAUCGGUUUCCUAAUAGACACUGGGACACUGCUGCACUUCCCAGACACCAGCCAUGGCCUGUGCACCCUAUACUUUCUGUGUCCACUGUGGCUGUCUGAGUGUCUGCAGUGCAUUCUGGAUCUUAAGUCCACACGCACUGUUAUCAGGAAUGGAGUCAUCAGCACGGAGAACCUACGGGAGCUGCUGGUGGGAACAGGCUUCACUCAGCAGACAGAGGAGCAGUAUUUCCAAUUUUUGGCCAAAUUUGAGAUUGCACUUCCUGUAGCUAAAAAUGGGUACCUGUUGCCCCACCUGCUACCACCCAAACCUGCUCUGGACAUCCACAGUCUGCAGCAGGUUUCCUCCAACACGCUUCAGCGCCUCUUUAAGAUGAGCUUUGUCCCUGCCGGUUUCUGGGAGAGGUUUAUUGCUCGCAUGUUGAUCAGCCUGACGGAGAUGGACCUGCAGUCAUUUGAGCCCCACAGACACGCCCCCAAAGCCAGCAGCAGAGCCUCGGUCAUGUACAGCUUUGCUGGGGCCCUACAGAGGAGUCGCUGCAGCACCUUCAGAGUGCGACGCAGGCAGACUGUCUACUGGAGGGAGGGGCUGCUGGUCACCUUCCACGGAGGACAUCUCAGUGUGGAGUCUGCUGAGGUGGACUGGAAGAGGAAGAAGAGUGGAGGGAUCCGGAUCAGCUGUCAGUCUGAGACCAGGGACUUCUCUGCCAUGGCUUUCAUCACUGAUCACGUGAACUCUCUAAUUGACCAGUGGUUCCCCGCUUUGACUGGCACUGAGAGCGAUGGCAGCCUCCUGAUGGAGCAGUACGCCCCUUGUCCCCUGUGUCCCCCGUGUCCCCCUGGCACAGAGCAGUGGACACAGGGACAUUACUUCAGUAUGGAGGACUGUGUGUUAGCUGCUGUGGACAGUCAGAGCAUUGUCUGUCCCCAGCACCCAGAGCAGCCCGUCCUCCUGCAGGAGCUGGUCCCCGAGUUCUUCAUGACCGACUUUCCUUCACGGUUGUUCUUGCAGACCUCAGACCUGGAGUUCUCUGAGGAGAAGAGCAGGGUCCUGGGGCAGGGGGGCAGUGGGACCACCAUCUACCACGCCCUGUACCGCUCUCAGCCCGUGGCCCUCAAGAUGUUUAGCUUCAGGAAGUUUGGCCGGCAACGUAGCUCCAACAGUGACACCAUGCUGAGGCACCUCCAGUCUGCUGACGCCUGUCGCAGUUUCUCUGAGUUCCGUCAGGAGGCGUCUAUGCUGCGUGCCCUGAACCACCCGUGCAUUGUGUCCCUGCUCGGCAUCAGCAUCCACCCCCUGUGCUUCGCUCUCCAGCUGGCCCCACUGGGCAGCCUCAACACAGUACUAGAAGAGAGCAACAAGAGAUCAGGUGUGAAGUUCAUUCCCCUUGGCCACAUGCUGACCUUUAAAAUGUCCUAUCAGAUAGCAGCUGGACUGGCCUAUCUGCACCGGAAGAACAUCAUCUUCUGUGACCUGAAGUCCGACAACAUCUUGGUGUGGUCUUUGGAGGUGCAGGAGCCUGUAAACAUAAAGCUGUCUGACUAUGGUAUCUCACGUCAGUCGUUCCGUGAGGGGGCCCUGGGUGUGGAAGGGACCCCGGGGUACCAGGCCCCUGAGAUCCGCCCAGGCAUCGUCUAUGAUGAGAAGGUGGACAUGUUCUCCUACGGCAUGGUCCUGUAUGAGCUUCUGUCUGGACAAAGACCUGCUCUGGGGAACCAUCAGCUGCAAAUCUCCAAGAAGCUCUCCAAAGGCUGCCGCCCUGCCCUGGGACGACCGGAGGAGGUGCAGUUCUUCUGCCUGCAGAGCCUCCUCACUCGCUGCUGGGACACAAAGCCAGAGAGGAGACCAGUGGCAGCGCAGUGUGUAAAGGAGAUGCAGGACCCCUCCUUCCCCUGUCUGAAGUAUGUGCUCUCCUGUGGGGCCCACACACAGCUCUUCCUGUCCCCUCUGCAGGGGCCCUCAGCCGUGUUCUGGGACGGGACCAAAGAUGAACGAAACUACAGUGUUGUGAAUGUGGACACGGGCCUGGUGGAGGUGAAGAGGAUGUUGUGUCCUGGAGACCCAAUCAGCUGUCAGCUCAAAGUGGGCAACUCUCUGUGGAUGGCCACCCAGCAGGAGCAGGAGGUGUUGAUCUACAGCCUGAAGGACAUGUGUCCCCUGAGCCAGCCCCAGAAACACUUUCCCUCUCCAGCCGUCAUCACCUCCUUCCUCCUUGUACCACCGACGCUGCAGAGCCUCGGCCGUGUGUUUGCUGGCAUGUCCGAUGGCCUGGUAGCGGUCUACAAUCUACUCAAUGACCUACCACUGGACGGAGAGACCUACCUCUGCUCUCACUCCAUUAACAAGGCCCUGGGGGUAGACGAGACAGACUUGCGGCAGAAAGUCUACCCCGUGAGCGCCAUGGUUCUGCUGGGGUCCGACAAGGAGCUUUGGUACUCCAACGGGCCAGGUAUCCUGGUCAUUGACUGUCUCAGACUACAGCCCAUCAGAAGACUGGAGCCUUACACUCCUCCCUCUACUAUUGUAUCCAUGACAACCAGCUUCUGCCUGUGGGGACAAGAAGCAGUGUGGGUGCUGGACGAUCUCACCAAUACAGUACUAUUGUAUGACGCCGCCUCCUACCAGCUUUGUGCCAAGUACUGCUGUGGAGAUAGAAAUCCGCUCAGAGAUGUCUUCCCUGUUCAACAUCCCACCUGUGUGCCCACUACUCACUCUGGUGACCCCAGGGACCCCAGUGACCACAGCGCAGAGAGGAAGCAGCCCAUGGACCUGAUGUACAUGUGCAGCCAACAUGCUGGAGCUCAGUAUUUUCAAGCUCAGGACUCUGUCACAUCAGAAGAGUCUAAUGUGGAGGGGCCUGCCUCACCCUCCAGCACAGAGCCCAGUACGGAGGGGUCCAUCUCCUCCUCCAACAGCAAAGAGCCCAGCCCACAGGGGUCCUUCUCCCCCUCCAGCAGCACAGAGCCCCACUUGAAUUCUCCAUCCUCACCCUCCCAGGAGGAGAACAACAUGCAUGGGGACCAGCAGUCUGUGGAAAUGGAUCGCAACAGCUCUGAGCUCCGGGCUGUCACUGUCCUCUGUGUUAGAGAAGCUCUGUGGAUCCCCAGGUGUGGGGGAGAUGUGCUGGUGCUGGAGCUGCAGCCAGGGCCCCAACAGCCAGGUUACCAACCGCACGGGUCCAAACAGCUCUGUGGCCGUGUUACGGCCGUGCUCCGCCCACCAGAGGGAGCUGCUCAAGGCCGUCUGCAGGUGUCCUCAGUUUUGGACCAGGACACAGUACUAUGUGCGCACAGAGACAGCCUCUCUCAAUGGACUGUGUGUGCAUGGAGGGCUUGGGGCAGCCAGCAGCUCCAGCACUUCUACAGUGGCUGGGAGGACCUGGUUCACCUGGAGAACAGACUGAGGAAGAGCCGAGAGCGCUGAACAGAACACCAGUACACAUGCUCCUGUUUACACACUCACACUGCACUCAGGCUCAAGGAUGUGUGUGUGCGCUGAUAUUUAUUAAGGACCCAAAUGUAAGGUACACACAGCACAGAUUUGAAGGACAAAACCAUCUGCUGCUGUGGACUCACUGUUACUUUCGUCAGAGCUGUCCCUUGGACAUGUACAGGAGUUCUAAGUUGGACUCAUUUUGUCCCUUUAGAAAUCAAGAUGAAUCAUUCUGUUUGACCUGAAUUAUGUUUUU